AUGGAUUCAGCGAAGCAAGCCGCCCGCCGCGCCAGAGUAGAGGCAUAUAAGAAGAAAAAGCAGCAAGAAGAGCAGGCACAGACUUCCGGACGAUCACAACCAGCACAGACUUCUGGACGAUCACAACCAGCACAAGCACCACAACCUUCGCAAUCAUCGCGAUCGUCGCGAUCGUCGCAAUCGUCGCGAUCGUCGCAACCGUCGCGAUCGUCGCAACCGUCGCAGCCGUCACAGCCACCCCGAACUGCCGCCAAGUUUCAACCGAAGCCCAUCACGAAGCAAUGGGCUCCGGCCUCGAAGACCUUCGCUCUCCCAAAACCGAAGCAGGUCCUACAGAAGCGAAAGCUAGCGUUCGCGGAAGAGGAGAAAUCAGAGAGAAAACCACCGAAGUUGUCCUCUGUGCCCUUCCCUCAAGAUGCUACACCCUCCGAGAUCCAGGAGGACGAGCAGGAUGAGCAACUGGAUAAGCUUGCCGGCACAGAGGAAGAGGAGGCUGCUGCCGCUCGAGAGGAAAGAGAGCGACGAGAAGAGCAAAGCAACGAAUCGGCCAACGUCGCUCCCACGGGAGAUGCUAUGGAGGUCGACGAGGACGAGGGUCAGGGCGAGGAUGUUGACCCCCUGGAUGCUUUCAUGAACGAUUUGGACACUAAACCGAAGGCCAAGGCCGCUCCCAAGGUAAGUAGCGACAGCAAAGCCACACAAGAGCCCGAAGCGUACUUCAGCGACGACGAAUACGAUUAUCGCAACAAAGGAACUGCCGAACCUGAAGCGUACAUGGCCCUUGCGGCAAAGGCGCGCAGAAAGAAGGACAUCCCGGUCCACGAUUAUAGCAAGCUCGGCCUUCAACCAAUCCGAAAGAAGUUCUGGGUCGAGCCAGCCGAGUUAUCUGAGAUGACAGAAGCUGAACUGGCAGAUUUGCGCAUCGAACUGGAUGGAAUCAAGGUUACCGGCAAGGACGUACCGAAGCCAGUUCAAAGGUGGUCACAAUGUGCUCUGUCACGAAGGACGCUCGAUAUAAUCGGGAGCUUGGGUUUCGACAAGCCUACGCCUAUCCAAAUGCAAGCGUUCCCGGCAAUCAUGUCUGGUCGGGAUGUCGUCGGUGUGGCCAAGACUGGCUCUGGGAAGACGCUUGCGUUUCUACUGCCCAUGUUCAGGCAUAUAAAGGACCAGGCACCGCUCAAAGAAAAUGAUGGUCCUAUUGGGUUGAUAAUGACCCCGACUCGUGAGCUGGCAACUCAAAUUCAUCGUGAUUGCAAGCCGUUCCUGAAAUCGAUGGAUCUCCGAGCUGUUUGUGCAUACGGCGGCGCUCCCAUCAAGGAUCACAUCGCGGAGCUGAAGAGAGGUGCGGAAAUCGUGGUUUGCACACCGGGUCGUAUGAUCGAUCUGUUGGCUGCUAACCAAGGGCGGGUUACGAACCUGAAGCGGGUAUCGUACGUUGUUCUUGACGAGGCCGACAGGAUGUUUGACAUGGGCUUUGAGCCCCAGGUCAUGAAAAUCUUCGCCAACAUGCGACCGGAUCGUCAGACCAUCCUCUUCUCCGCCACAAUGCCCCGGAUUAUGGACUCUUUAGCCAAGAAGGUUUUGAACAGCCCCGUGGAAAUCACUGUAGGAGGCAAGAGCGUGGUUGCUCCCGAGAUCACGCAGGUCGUGGAGGUUCGUGAGGAGAACACCAAGUUCGUACGCUUGCUGGAGCUUCUAGGCGAGCUCUAUGACAAGGACGAGGAUGCCCGUACGCUGGUCUUCGUGGAACGUCAAGAGAAGGCCGAUGACCUUCUGAAAGAACUCAUGAAGAAAGGCUACCCCUGCAUGUCCAUCCAUGGUGGCAAAGACCAGAUUGACCGCGAUUCGACCAUCCAAGAUUUUAAGAAUGGAGUCAUCCCUAUCCUCAUUGCCACAUCCGUUGCGGCUCGUGGGCUGGACGUCAAGCAGCUAAAGCUGGUUAUCAACUACGACGCACCGAAUCAUCUUGAAGACUACGUGCACCGUGCUGGUCGUACGGGACGUGCUGGGAACAAAGGCACGGCUGUUACAUUCAUCACGGAAGACCAAGAGAACUGCGCUCCAGGAAUCAUGAAGGCACUAGAGCAGAGUGGACAGGCCGUUCCAGAACAGCUCGAAGAAAUGCGAAAGGCCCAUAGGGACAAAGUCAAGGCUGGCAAGGCCAAAGACCAGUCAGGCUUCGGAGGCAAGGGUCUGGAACGCCUCGACAAGGAGAGGGAACACGCCCGUAACCGGGAACGAAAAACCCACAGAACAGAGGGCGAAGGGGAGGAGGAGGAGAAGAAGGAUGAGACCGGCACCGAGGACAAGAAGACUGAUAAAGCUGCGGCCGCUAUCCAAACGGCUUCUUCUGGCAUCAUCUCCCGCGAUGCUGCUCGCGAUGCUGCUCCGAAGGUAGACCUUGAGCCCAAAUUCACCAUCCACAAGCGUGAAGUGCCCGCUCCGACAGCUGGGGGUGGUAACAACCCGUUGGACAAGGUAUCAUCUGCCAUCAACGCCAUCAACGCACGCUUGGGUCGGGCUGGUCAGCUUCGUCCGGGGCAGCCUAUCGACAACAAGGGACCUGAUGCUGGCGCGUAUCACGCAACUCUCGAGAUCAACGACUUCCCUCAGAAGGCCCGUUGGGCUGUGACCAACCGUACCAACGUAGCCAAGAUUCUCGAAGCCACAGGAACGUCUAUCACGACGAAGGGCAACUUUUACCCGGCUGGCAAGGAGGUUCCAUCUGGCGCAGAGCCGAAGCUUUACAUUCUGGUGGAGGGUGACACCGAGUUGGUUGUAGCCAAUGCCAUGGCUGAACUCACCCGCCUACUGAAGGAGGGAACGGUGGCCGCCGCCGACGCAGACAAUAGGGCACCGAUUGGUGGUCGCUAUAGCGUUACGUGA